GAGAGAUCUGUUUGCAUGGGAGUAUUAACAGAUCUGGAUAUACAUUGGAAGUCUUUAUAAAUAAGAUUGUAAACAAGAUGAGCAGCCAAUUAAAUAUAACAGUUAGACCAGAAGUAAGAUUGGACGCCAAGUGGUUGAAGACUGAUAUACAACGAUUCCUUUAUCGCGAUGGAUUAGCUGAAUUGUGGAAUGAGAUGGUACGAGAUGGCGAAAUUGUGGGUUCUUUCAGUGAUGGUUUAGUCAACGCUGCAGGAAUCGUAGCAAAGAAAGGUGAAAAUGGUCAUUAUUAUUGUGGUAUGAGAGUGUUGUCUUGUCUUUGCUGUGAUGGAAUUUGUGGUCCGCAACAUGGCUGUAAUUGUACUCCAUGCCAGAAACUGGACGAGGAAGAAACUGCAAGAACAACAGCGAUAGUCGAAAAGUCUAUGUCUGCCAAGCGAAUGAUGGACUCGUGGGUCUGGGGACCCCAGCCAUCUUUAACAGAUUUGAAAGGAUGCAUCGAUUUAUCGAUUAAGGAGCAACGGAAGCUAUGUUGUGAAGUCGCAAAUAGCACAUUAUCCGCUACACGUUUGAGGCAACGCUUGAUAGUCGCUCGAAGAUAUUUCACCGCUUUGUCUCGUCAUAAACCACAAGAGAUCAAAGAUACCUCAAAUUUACCAAAGUCUAUCGGAAAAUUACAAAAAACGCCGAGACCUAACGAAAAGGCGACCUUAGGAUUAGCGCGCGUUGGUUCACGCGCGGCCCUCAAUUUCUCAUUCGCGUACUUAAGACGGGCUUGGAGAUCUGGGGAAGACGUUGAAUUUUGUAGCGAAUUAUUGACCGAAUCAUUGGAAGCGUUGCAAUCGUUACCGGAGGCGACUCUCUUUGAUGAGAGUAACGUUUCUCAAGUCUGGUUGGAAGUCGUAGAAAGAUCAGCAAAAUUCUUAAGACAAGUCGUCACAGGAGAGGUAACUACCGGACGAUCGUGGCGUCCAGUGCCAUUGUCAGAUCAGCACACGGCUCUUUGCUUGUUACUGGAACUGGUUGCGCAAAGGGCCACUCUCUCUAGUUUAUUAGAUUCCGUGGUUUUAUUACUUCAUCUCAGUGGUAAAAAUAAGAAUCAGGACAAUCGAGUUACACCACCUGGAAGCACAGCACCGCUCGUCCCACUAUUACGACGAUUGAACAUGAUACCAGCGACAAAAUCUCGUAGACAUCUUGACAGAAAUGUUACACCGGGUCCUUGCGAAGUGUUACUUAAAUAUUUACGAUUGCCAGACGAUGACGCCGUAUCAGUCGAUUUAAGAAAAGCCGCAGUUAUUAUAAUGUGUAAUUUAAGCAGAUUGGCCGCUCCUCUUUUACCACCUGCUAGUACUGAGUACGGAUUUCCAAGGAAUGGAAAUGGCAAGCAAACAUUUCAGGAGGUGUUAGCUUGGGGUGGUGUCAAGUUUGGAAAUGGCUCGACCCCCUUUUACUGCGAUGCAAUUGCAGAAUUGGGCAUAAAGCAGCUGUGCUGCACUGAGCGAGCAUUAAUGAUCUUGUCGUUGAAUGGCAACGUUUAUAAUAUGUAUCACGGAUCCGAAACUCAAUAUCCGCAAAGAGUGCAUGGUUUCUCUGAUAAGCCGAUCACGAUGAUUGCAUCUCACGCAGAUGGCAAACAUUACUUAACGUUAACGCAAGAUGGCUGUGUGUAUUCCUGGGGCAAUGGAGACGGCGGUAGACUUGGACACGGUGAUACCGUCUCCUAUGACGAACCGAAAUUGAUCGAAGCACUUCUAGAGAAGAACAUCGUAUUCAUAGCAUGUGGCAGUACGUACUCAGCAGCAUUAAGCGCCAACGGCGAAUUAUACACCUGGGGAAGAGGAAAUUAUGGUAGAUUAGGUCAUGGUAAUUUCGACGACGUCAUGACUCCAAUAUUAGUGACAACGUUAAAGGGCCACACGGUCGUACACGUGGCCUGCGGUAGCGGUGACUCUCAAACCUUGUGCGUGACCGCGUCCGGCAUAGUUUUCUCUUGGGGAGAUGGUGAUUACGGGAAACUAGGUAGAGGAGGCACGGACGGAUCCAAAACGCCAAAGAUCGUUGAUAAGCUACUGGACAUCAACGUGGUAAAAGUGUUUUGCGGCAGUCAGUUCUCCGCGGCGUUGACAGCUCACGGAGAAGUGUACACGUGGGGAAAAGGUGACGCAUAUCGCCUAGGUCACGGCAGCGAGGAACACGUCAGAUAUCCCAAAGUCAUCGAAUCGUUGAGGGAUAGAAAGGUCAAAGAUCUGUCCGUAGGCACCACUCACAUAUUGGCGCUGACGGAAGAUCAAUUUGUUUAUGGAUGGGGUAGAAACGAUUACGGUCAAAUCGAUCCCACAUUAGGUCCCAUCAUUUCUGAGCCUACGUUGUGUCCAACGUUAUCCUCCAAGACUGUCAUCGGUUUGGCGUCAGGUCCGACCCAGAGCUUUGCCUGGUGCAUGUCGGCAUGGUCAGGCGGAGCUAGUAGAGUGGCCUUCGUCGUCGAUAUAUGCGAGGAGACUUUCCAACUGCUCGACACACUUUUGUCCAAGUCUUGUGAGGGCCUACCAGGAAUACGACCGCCUACGCAGGAUCGCGAAUGUCUUGCGGUAGCUACAUUGAACUUGCUUCGAUUACAGUUACAUACCAUGUUAACGCAUAAUAUUGAUACUAAAUCCGUCGGGCUGGCAACUAGCAGUCCACUAUUAAAUUCCUUAAAGCAACGCUGCGUCAACCUGGCAAGCGCGACCGGAAUAUUGGCGACGAUUCAAGAAGCGGCGCAAGUGGUUCUGCAAACGGGCUGGAGCAUAUUGCUGCCAACGGCUAACGAGCGUGCAAAGACACUGUCCAGUUUCCUGCCAAAUACGUCGAACAAUGUGGAACAAUCGAGUUCAGCGAAUAUAUACAUAAACAGUGGACAACGGUUUAUGGCCGAUUUAUUAGUAUCUAGUCUAAUGGUGGAUGGUGGAUUGGAGUUAGCGUUGAAGGCUGCUAUCAAAGUGGAAAUAGCAGACAUGCCGGACGAGAAGGAUUUUCUAGAUGUGGGCACGUCGAAUGCUGUUAAAGUAAAGAUCGAAACGAGACAGGGUAUGAAAGACGGUUUCAAUUCUGGGAAGAACAUCACAACUAUCUCUCUGCUUCAGCUAAUACAACAGUUAAUUAGAAACGGUACGUGCAUUACGCAGUCUAGACUGCAACAAGGCUCAUCGCAGCAAGUGGACCGAAACGAGCAUCUUCGAAGAUUCGACAAUUCGCCCAGCUUGAAUCUUCUUUUGCGUUUCCAACGUUUGCUAAUCGCGCAAGUGUACGAGUGUAUUACACGCCAGUCACGCACGGAAGAUCUGCAUGAUCAAGAAAUGAUGGGCGCAGAGUCGCUACUGAAGAAGUACAUUGCGCAGAUCUGCGACCAUGCGACCGAGAUAUUGCCGUUGGCUGCUGAAAUAGGUGGUCGUUCUGUCAAAGAUUUCAUCUCCAUCGCUGGUGUUCUGAAAGGCGACAUAAUCAACGUAUUACUUCCCGAGCUAGUGACUUGCUUGAUAUUGUUGCAAAUAGAUUAUUCUAUGCUGCUCAUUGACAUGAACUGGAUGGACGUAAUUGCACCGAUUUUGGACUCAUUGGACCAUUUCGUGAAGCUAGCGCCAACGAUGGAGAAAAAUGAAGCGGACGAUUUGUCCUGGCCAGGGAUCAUCGCGCCGCUACAUGGAAAUAAGAUACCCAUUCAGGAGGAACCCUCUUUGAUACGGUGGGCGGAUUUGGAGAAUCAUAAUCGCGACGGCGGCCUGUGGGUAGUGGUGAAUAACAACGUUUAUGACGUGCAGGAUAUCAGAAACGACGGCUCGUGGUCUCCUUAUGAAGUUCUGCAACGGUACGUCGUCGGGCGGGAUGAAACUUCAACGGUAACGCAAUGCGGCGUACCGUACAGUCAAUUGUCGCCACCGCGGGACAUGAUGGACUCUUGCUUCGUUGGUCAUUAUUGUCAAGCUGAGCCUGAUGAAAAUGCACGGGUCACGAUCGAGGUAACCGACGUUUGUUCAUCCCUGCUGGACACGGAAAGAGCUCUGGGAUUUUUGUUGGGCUUGCAUGCUUAUCGAAUGCGGCAGAGCUUGACGCUUCAAUCGGCAGAGAAGGAAGCCGGUGUAUGGCUCACUACAAAUUUUUUGCGAGGUGGCCUGCAAGUUUUGCAACCGCCGAAUCCAUACGAGGAGGAGAAGGAUGAAGCGAGAAGCAAUACGUCAACCGCUGCUAACUCUCCCACGGAACCACCGCUCCCGGUGCACGCGAAAAACGAGCAGCAAAAGGAGCACGAAGAUCGAACGAUCGCGUUUAUACAUGCAUUAGCAGAGGCACAUAAAAUUGACGACGGUCAUGUCCGAGCAUUCUUAACGCUAGUCGAUAGAUACUCCAAGACUAACAAUCUAUUCUCUCACGCUGAUUUUUGCGGCGAUCAUCCAGUCGAGGAAAUCAGUCGCGUUUUGAUGGCUGUGAUUAUAAAACAUCUUGGCUUGGGGCAACAAGCGCUCGCGUUAGCAGAACAAGAAUUAAAGAUCGUUAACAGCGCGAGACUGAGUAAUCAGUUGGCCGACAUGGUACGAGCGAUUUAUCAGACCAAGUGGAACUUGGUGCGAAUUAGGCAACAACAGAAUCGCAGUUACAAGGAAGUUUGCGCGCCCGCGCAAGAGAGAUGCAAAUUUCUCCUAUACGAGGUCAGAUCCGCGACGAGUUAUGAAGUUAAAGGACUCGAGGAUCUGAAGUUACUGUAUACCGUCCCUAGAUUCAAGAGAGCCGCUCGCACGGUCUUAGCCGAUAUUCAUAAAAAUAAAGAUUCAUCCGGCGGAGGCGGUAAGCCAGAGGAUAUUUUGAAUGCAUCAAUACAAAACGCUAAAACGAAAAACAAACCGGAUGGGGAUACGACUUCCUCCUCCAAGGAAGGUCUAACUGCCACGACAUCGUCCUCCACAAAACUGGAAGAUAUGUCGGAUAUAAAGAACAAGAUUAUGCAGAUGACUGAGAAGAUUCGAUGUAGACCGAUGCAGUGGGCCACUGCCGAUUAUAACGGUUUAAUGACAAAUAUUAUCGAGUUUGUCAUCAAUGACGGCAUUGGCGGGGACGUUGAGACGUUGCGCCGUGCGAUGUACUGCCAAAUGCAACGCGCUCGCAUACGGGAACAAGGUAUCUCUAUGAUGCGAGAGUUAUUGAAAAAAGACUAUUUAAUACCAUCGGUGAAAUAUUCCUUGCUUAACGGCUGGCUCGGUUUGACCUAUGAGAACAAAUCUCUCAGCGACGGGAUCACGCAUUGCCUAUAUAAUAUACAGUUAACGACACCAUAUCAAAAGUCCAAAGUUAUUCUAGCUGAGGCUGAGGUGAUUUCAUGGGCGGUACAAGCCUUACGGACGUAUGUCGUACAAGCAGAGCUGCCGAACAAACAGAAAGUCAGCGGGAAGAGCAGCUUGAAUCAAGGUACUUACACUUGGCUGCGAAAAUUACCGAGAGCGAGAUUCUUACUGACUAUUCUUGGUAUGUUGACUAACCAUGAGUGUGCCAAUGAGAUCGGGCUACUGAUUAAUUCGGGUCUGUUAUCCAGCAUCUUGACUUUAUUGAGACAAAUCGGACCGUCGUCGGCAAGUUUCUGCGAGAACGGCGAGGGACAGGGGCAAGGUGGCGACGGUGAGGCGUUGAAAGUUAAGACGGAAAUCACGGCGAUUUACGAGGAUGCCCUUCAAAAGAACAAGCCGCCAACUGUUCAGCUCAGUGGAAUGGAGUUGGCGGCGUUGAUGAAGGUUGGCACUCGGGUUGUACGAGGGGCCGAUUGGAAAUGGGGCGACCAGGACGGUCCACCGCCCGGUGUAGGUAGAGUCAUCGGCGAACUUGGCGACGACGGAUGGAUAAGGGUUCAGUGGGACAACGGCGCGACGAAUUCGUAUCGCAUGGGUAAGGAAGGUAAAUACGAUUUAAAGCUCGCUGAUCCACCAACGCCUCCCGAUGAUGAUAGCGACGAGACCGAUAGCGAUACUUCGCUCGAUGGAAAUAAAACGGAGAACAGUGGUUUUCGCGGGGAAGAUUUGCAUCCGACCACGUGUCUUAAGUCGGCGUCAACGAACUUACUACGGAUAAUCUUACUCUCCUGUGGCGUAGAAGCGGAUAAAGUACCCGCGAUAUCCAUCAAAAUCCUUACUUCCACUCUGCACGGUAUAAUAUCGACUGCGAACAGAUCCAGCGAAUCGAUUACGCAUGUUCAACUAGCGAGGCAGCAUCACGAAACUUGGGCUACUUUUAGUCUUUUGAGAGCGAUCGCAAAAUCAACAGAUUUGUGUAAGUCCUUGAGUUCACAGGCUUGGCUCAAUCUUUUUCUGGGUAUCGUCGUUGACGAAACCAAGCCUUGUCUUGAGAAGCAAAUUAUGAUCACGAAACUACUAGCAGCUGUUUUACCUUCGUGGGGAACGGAGACAGUUCUGAGCAAUAUGAUGCAGUUCUUGGAGAAGUCCUUUGGGAUAUUGGGUCAGGUGGCUCUUACGUGUGACAUCGCUGCCAUUUCUGAGCUUCACUCGAAUAAAUGCCGAAUGUCUUUGACCGCGUCGUACAGUUCUACCGUAGUUGAGGAACUAACAUGGUUGAUUAGAUUCCUACAUUCUCUUCCUGGAUGGAACGAAGCUGUAAAUAAAUUUCUCUCCACAAAGUUAGCAUUGACGGUGGAUCUUUGGAACGAGAGCUCGCUAUUCCACAUACAGAUGAAUGAGAAUGGUGGCGAAAAUGGUCUUUGUAUUCAACGGACAGUUAUGGCAACUCUUGUUGUCAUCGGCGGUUUGGAUAAUAGGAUAAGGAUUGGCGGUUUGGUGAAUUCUGACGGUGAAGUAGGCACAGUCUGCAAGUUUACGAAACACUCGAAGAUUGUUAUGCAGCUGUGGAAUGGCAACGGAACGCGAAAAAUAGUGUCGUUCCACGCGGCGAAGCGGAUUAACGAGAAAUUUCAAUUGGAGAGAAUGCCUUUAACGGAGAGUCUUAUAUCUGUCUGGACUAAUUUGUUUUUAGGUAUUGCUUGUAUGGAUAAACGACCUGGUGGCAUGCCCGUUAUUGCUGGCGCUGUCAACCCCACGAUAUUACGAAGCCAACAGCAACAACUCGCGGCCUUGAACGCUGGGAAAGCCAUGCUCGCGUAUCAAUCGAAAUUGCGGAAGAUCUUGAAAUAUUCGUUAAUUAAUGAAAUCAAUGAUGAUGAGAGACGUACCUCCACGCUUCUGCAAGAAAUACUAUUGCGCGCCACGAAGCCACAACCGCUGAAACCGAUAUUUAAGCGUAGGGAAUUAGAGGAGGCCGCUCUAGCGGUUUCUCAAUAUCUAGUCUCUGAAUUGAGACACACGCCUAUUCAACGAACCGGCAUGACUUCAGAUCCUACUACCCCUACAUCUGACUGCUCACUGGUCUCCUUAACGUCGAGCCAGAGAAGACACUGUAAAGGUAACAUAACAGCAAAGAAGAGCUCUACAGCGGCGCCUGUGAGUCCUUUGGUAGCUGUGGUAGUCGAAAUGGGUUUUCACAAGAAAAGCGUCGAAUUGGCUAUCAAAAGCAUAAGCGUUGCCGAUCAAGGCAGUGUAACAGCAGAAAGUGUGGUUGGUUGGCUGUUGGAAAAUCCGGACGCUGCUCUCAGCGAUACAGAGACCUUGUCCAGCUUAGAUGGACUAACUGAUGGCAGUGAUGAUUCGAUUAGCGAAGAUUUGGAUGAUUCUCCAUCGGGACAAGAAGGUGCUAUAAAUAGUGGUGCACUACCGACGUACAUGAAGCGCUCAGAUUUCCUGUCGGUCGACGAGUAUGCAAUUUACGUGAGGGACAACGUAGUACCAGGUAUGCUGGUACGAUGUUGUAAGAGCUACGAGGAAGUAGAGUAUAGUGACGUCGGCCAAGUAGUGAAGAUCGACGCGGAGAACUUACACGACCUGAACGCGCAAGUUGCGUGGCAACGCAAAGGCGGUACGUACUGGGUACGUUUUAUCCACAUAGAACUGCUCGGAUAUCCGCCAUCUUUGCCAGGUCCACCGCCCGCAUUGAAGGUCGGAGAUAAAGUUAGAGUUAAGGCGUCGGUAACUUUGCCGAAAUAUAACUGGGGAUCUGUAAGUCAUCAUUCCGUCGGAGUGGUUACGGCGAUAACUAAUAAUGGCAAGAAUGUAUCCGUAGAUUUUCCGCAGCAGCACGGAUGGACUGGCUGUGUUGCUGAAAUGGAGAAGGUACCAUCCUGUCAUCAUUUCGUGACCUGCCACUCAUGCUACCUGACACCGAUUUCUGGUCCCAGAUUCAAGUGCAAGUAUUGCGACGAUUAUGAUCUGUGCGAGAAUUGUUUCUACACCAAGCGAUCGCAUCGACACGGCUUCAAUAGAAUUGCGGAACCUGGUUCGGCAGCCAUUUAUGCUGGAAAACCAGGCAGAUAUCAUAGGCAGGAUCUGUCAGAAUCGUAUUUAAUCGAUGAUUGGUCUAAGUGCAUCAGGACCUUGAGUGUGUCUUCGCGAGAAAAUUGGGCGACACGCCUGGUAGACGGAUCCGGAAAAUAUUGGCAAAGUUGUGGAUCGCAGGGCAAACACUGGAUUCGCUUGGAGAUGUUAUCUGGAAUCUUGAUACACUCCUUGAAGAUUAUCGUCAAUCCACAGGAUAGUAGUUACAUGCCUUCUGUAAUAGCGGUUAAUGUAGGAGACUCCUUCACUAAUUUAGUGGAAUUAAGAACGAUAACUAUACGUUAUUCAGAUACUAAUGUUACACUUCUUCAAGAUAUGAAGGAAUAUUAUCCGUGUAUUGAAAUAGCGAUAAAGCAAUGUCGAAAUGGCGGUAUAGACUGUAAGAUACAUGGUUUGCGCAUAAUGGGCCGUCAGAACAUGUUCGAGAAUCAGCUUACGACCUCGGUGUCUUUCCUCGCGUCUGAUUGGGAAGUUUUACAGGAACAAGUAGCAAUACAACGUAGCGUCGAUACGCCACCCCAGCAAUCAGCCGUUUACGUUUGGGGUUUGAAUGACAAGGAUCAGCUAGGAGGUCUGAAAGGUUCCAAAAUCAAGCUACCAGUGUACAGCGAAAUCCUCUCAAAAUUAAAACCUAUUCAUAUAGCCGGAGGGAGUAAGACUCUCUUUAUCGUUAGCCAAGAGGGCAAACUGUAUGCUUGCGGGGAAGGAACGAAUGGUAGGCUAGGUUUAGGAGAUGAUAACAAUAUGUGCGAACCAAAAGCCAUACCUUUCCUGAGUCAAUUCGUGAUUAAGAAAGUGGCGGUACACUCAGGCGGGAAGCAUGCCCUGGCACUCACUCAAGACGGUAAAGUAUUCUCAUGGGGCGAGGGUGAGGACGGUAAACUAGGACACGGAAAUUGCAUAUCCCUGGAUAAACCGAAACUCAUCGAAGCACUGAAGUCAAAGAGGAUCCGAGACAUUGCUUGCGGAUCGGGACAUUCGGCGGCGAUCGCCAGUAACGGCGAACUGUACACCUGGGGUUUAGGUGAGUACGGUAGAUUGGGACAUGGAGAUACCAUCAUGCAAACAAGACCAAAAUUGAUACAAGCUUUGGUCGGACAUAGAGUCGUCCAAGUGGCUUGCGGUAGCAGAGACGCGCAAACUAUGGCUUUAACCACCGAGGGUUACGUGUAUUCCUGGGGUGACGGUGACUUCGGCAAGCUUGGUCGAGGUGGAAGCGACGGCUGUUAUACGCCCUUAUUAGUAGAUCGAUUGAAUAAUUUGGGCGUCAUACAGGUAGAAUGCGGAGCGCAAUUCUCCCUCGCUCUGACCAAAUAUGGCGAAGUGUGGACGUGGGGAAAGGGAGAUUAUUUCCGCUUGGGUCACGGUAAUGAUCACCACGUUAGGAAGCCUACACUGGUUGAAGGUCUACGGGGUAAGAAAAUCAUUCAUGUAGCAGUUGGAGCAUUGCAUUGUCUCGCGGUAACCGAUACCGGUCAGGUAUACGCCUGGGGUGACAACGAUCAUGGGCAACAAGGCAAUGGCACGACGAGCGUCAACAGAAAACCGUCAUUGGUGCAUGAUCUGGAGGAUGCAAGAGUAAAUAGAGUAUCCUGCGGCUCGAGUCACAGUAUAGCUUGGGUAUUAGUCGAUCAGCCCAGCAAUGGGAAUCAAGAUCCAGUCACAUUCCCGACGGUGAGGGAUCCGUUAGGCCAGAUGUGUCUGGGCCUGAAUAACGCACCGGAACAAAACGGUACAGUUACUGCGACAAAUGAUACCGUUGCCACGAGACCGUCGCUCGCCAGUAUAAUACUCUCGUUAGAGAGUAACGUCGCUAAACAGCAAGCUUUGCAACAUGUAAUAAACGCUCUUCUUAUUAUGCAGGCACGAGUGGCAAUAGUAACGGCUCUGCAGAGUCAUUCGAUGUUGAAUGGCUGUGCGUCAACGAAGCAUGCGCCAAUAGUAGCCGCAACAGACGUGAUACCACCGUCGGAGGGAGCUAUGACAUCGAGUACUGAGCACGCGGUUUAUCAGAACGUCGGUGACAUCGCGCAAGGUGGAGGAGAGGCUCCGGCAAACGUCGCUGAGGCCGUCAAUGUUCCUACCAGUCCUAAGUUGACUCCCGAAACGGAGGAUUAUCCAUUAGCCAUGUUAGCCAUGUCCAUGUCCAGUUCCGCUAGUCUAUCCUCGCGUGCCUCAAAGAUGUCAACGAGCGCAAUGAGUGUUAUAGCGGCCACUUUAACGUCCAACGCGCAAGUAGUGGGCGAGGACGGUGCGACAACUUCUGGUUUGGAUGAAUUUACAUCGGCAUUAACGGAAGAUGACGCGAGAGUCCUGGUGGAUCUGUUGAAGCUAGCAGUAGCCAAUAGAGUUUGCGCGUCAGCCAAAGAGACGAUAUCAUCGGUACUUAUCGCUCUGGGAAAAGUCAAUGGUUCCAUCGGCAGUAUGCUGCUGGAACUGUGCGUCACAGAAUUGGAAGACACCGCGGCCAAUAGCAAUUGUGUCAAUAAUACACCUCAACCCGUAGUACAAGAAACGCCGCAUCCUUAUAUAGACGACACCACGUUGACCGGUCACGUGAAGAUACCCGGCGCGGAGGCGCUUCGAGUGGAAUUCGAUCGACUGUGCUCUACGGAGAAACGGCACGACCCGCUCACGAUAAUGGACGGAAGCGGCAGAGUGGUGGCGGUCAGAUCCGGCAGAGACUGGAUCGAGUGGGGCCCAGAGAUCAAAAUCCAAGGAGAUGAGUUGAGAUGGCGAUUCUGCUCCGACGGAUCUGUCAACGGCUGGGGUUGGAAAUUCACAGUGUAUCCUAUUUUGGCGAAAACAGCGCCGUACGAGCUUGGAUCUGAUAGAGCGGUAUUAUCGCAACCGACUAUAGCUCUAGCUGAACAUCUUCUCAUGGACAACAGUCUGAUAAAUUCCGACAAGAACGUCGCCUCGCGUUUGGCCACCGCUCUGAGCCAGUGCAGUCAACUGAGCACUCUGUCCGCGCAGCAGAGGAUGUGGGCGUUGAGAAAAUUGCAGGUGGUUUAUACAAACGGACCGGGCAUAAAGCCCGAGGUAACACUCUCGUCUUUGCUUGGCUCUCUACCACAAGCACUUUUAAGGCAAUACGCGUACGAAGAUCCUAUGGUUAGAGGUGGUAAGCAAUUAAUGCACAGCGACUUCUUCAAGGUUCUCGUAGCACUCGCAUGCGACCUUGAGUUAGAUGGAAUGCAAUUCUGCUCCGAGAUGCAUAAAUGGUCCUGGUUCCGAAGAUACUGUCUUGCUGCCCGCGUGGCGAAAUCGCUUGUUGAUCGUACCCCUUUGCCAAAGGCGUUCUGUUACGAGGUCACGAAGCAGCUGAACGAAAUGGAUGCGAUGGACGGAAACGCUGACUGUACAAAAGAUCAUGAGAGUCACAAUAUGUUUAAGCAGGGACAUGACGAGCAGUUGCUGCAGUGGCUAAAUCGUCGUCCGGAAGACUGGACGCUAUCAUGGGAUGGAUCAGGCGCGAUUUACGGAUGGGGCCAUAAUCACAGGGGUCAACUAGGAGGUUUGGAGGGUCCGAAAGUCAAACUACCUGCACCGUGCGAAAGUUUGUCCGCGCUCAGACCAAUUCAACUGGCUGGCGGUGAACAAACUUUAUUUGCCGUAACCGCUGAUGGAAAGAUUUAUUCGACUGGCUAUGGAGCUGCGGGACGUCUCGGGAUAGGAGGAACGGAUUCCGUUAUGAUCCCGACGUUAUUGGAAUCAAUACAACAUGUAUUCAUAAAAAAAGUGGCAGUUAGCUCGGGAGGCAAGCAUUGCAUCGCUCUGAGUUCGGAGGGUCAUGUGUAUUCCUGGGGAGAAGGAGACGACGGCAAACUGGGACAUGGUAACAAGGUGUCGUACGAUCGACCGAAACUGAUUGAGGAUUUACUCGGCGUAGAGAUUAUAGAUAUAGCUUGCGGUGGACAUCACAGCGCCGCUAUUACCAGUGCUGGUUGGCUAUACACCUGGGGAAAAGGACGAUACGGACGUCUCGGACACGGUGACAGCGACGAUCAAUUACGACCGAAAGUAGUGGAGGCUUUGCAAGAUUACAAAGUGAUCGAUGUGGCAUGCGGAAGCGGCGACGCGCAAACGCUCUGCGUAACCGACGAUGAUAACGUAUGGAGCUGGGGUGAUGGAGAUUACGGAAAAUUAGGUAGAGGUGGAAGCGACGGAUGUAAGGUUCCAUUAAAGAUAGAUUCUCUGGCCGGGCUCGGCGUAGUUAAAGUCGAAUGCGGUAGUCAAUUUUCAGUCGCUUUAACAAGAUCCGGAGCGGUUUAUACCUGGGGCAAAGGCGACUAUCAUCGUUUAGGUCAUGGCACGGACGACCAUGUACGUAGACCACGUAAGGUAGCUGCAUUGCAAGGAAAGAAGAUCAUUUCGAUAGCAACGGGCUCUUUACACUGUGUCGCGUGUUCCGAUAAAGGAGAGGUUUUCACUUGGGGCGACAACGACGAGGGUCAGCUGGGCGACGGCACUACGAGCGCGCUUCACAGGCCAAGAUUGGUACACGCAUUGCAGGGCAAGAAAAUCACGAGAGUCGCUUGCGGCAGUGCACAUACGCUAGCUUGGAGUACCGCGAAGGCAACACAAAGCAGAAUGCCAGCAUCCACACCUAUGGAAUACGAUCUGGUUAAAGAUCUGUCAUACUCUGUAUUGCGUAAUAGGCUGGUGUUGCUACAUCAUUUCGCGGAACUUUUAUGCCCUGCUUUGGCUAUGUUUCCGACCACCGGUCAUAUCGGGCUGAGCAAGCUAGCUCCUAUGUUAGUGUACAGUAUAAAAGAAGCGACAUUCCGCAAGGUUAUUCAAGCAACAAUGGUCAGAGAUCGUCAACAUGGACCUGUGAUCGAAUUGAAUAGAAUACAAGUGAAAAGAGCUAGAGCCAAGGGUGGAUUAGCUGGACCAGACGGUAUCAAGUCAGUUUUCGGCCAAAUGGUGUCGAAGAUGUCUCUCUUGACACAGGACGUAUUGUUUCUACCUCAUAGAGUAUGGAAAGUGAAAUUCGUGGGGGAAAGUGUUGAUGAUUGUGGCGGUGGAUAUAGCGAAAGUAUAGCAGAGAUGUGUGAUGAAUUGCAAAAUGGUUCCUUGCCACUAUUUAUACCUACACCAAACGGUCGCGAAGAUAAUGGCACAAACCGAGACUGCUUCUUAUUGAAUCCCAUGGCCGACUCUCAAUUGCAUAUGAAUAUGUUUCAAUUCUUAGGCAUUCUAAUGGGUAUUGCUAUACGAACUGGUAGUCCAUUGAGUUUAAAUCUAGCCGAACCAGUUUGGAAGCAACUUGCAGGUAUAUCUCUCACACCUGCGGAUUUGACGGAAGUCGACAGGGAUUAUGUCCCUGGCUUGCUUUGCAUCAGAGACAUGGAUCCCGAUGAAAAGGUCUUUCAAACUUUAGAAAUGCCUUUUUCCACGCCUUCCGCCGCAGGGCAUGAUAUGGCAUUGUCUAACAGAUAUCUUAAAAUAACACCAGAAAAUAGGCACGAAUAUGUAAGAUUGGCGUUAGAUUAUAGACUCCAUGAAUUUGAUACUCAAGUAGCAGCUGUACGAGAAGGCUUAUCGAAAGUCGUUCCUGUGCCUCUAUUGGCACUAUUUAGCGGUGCUGAACUUGAAACGAUGGUUUGCGGUAGUCCAGACAUACCGCUUAAUUUAUUAAAGUCCGUUGCAACAUAUAAAGGUAUUGAAGCGAUGGCGCCACUUGUUCAGUGGUUCUGGGAAGUCAUGGAUGAAUUUUCCAACCCAGAACGAUCGCUUUUCCUUCGUUUUGUUUGGGGCAGAACACGUUUGCCGCGCACAAUCGCAGAUUUUAGAGGCAGAGACUUUGUUUUACAAGUAAUGGAUAAAUACAAUCCACCAGACCAGUUUCUUCCUGAAAGCUACACUUGCUUUUUUCUUCUAAAAAUGCCGCGUUAUUCGUGCAAAGCAGUUCUACGACAAAAACUGAAGUAUGCGAUUCAUUUUUGUAAAAGCAUCGACACCGACGAGUAUGCUCGAGUACAAGCUGCAACCAAUUCCGACACUGAAGAUACCGAUAGUUUAACGAGCGAAGAACACACUUCGCUUUAAAUCAUUCAUUAUGUGAAAUGGUUAUUUGUGUUUGAAGUGGCAUUUCUGUUGACUUCUUUAAAAAUGUGUUCACGGAUUCUCCAAAAAACAAAAAUCCUAUUUUUCUUACACGGUAUAUUUAUAUACAUAUAUAUGCAUAUAUAUAUAUAUAAACUACACACUACGCUAAUACUUAAAUACAUGUACUGCUUUUGUAGCACGACCAGUCUAUUGUAUAGUAGAUGUUAAUAACGAAAAGUAAAUAAACCACUAAGAUUAUUAGGGUU